UCUCUCUCUCUGUCUCUCUCUCUCCGUCCGAGCGUCCAGGGGGCGAUCAAGCGACGGGGAUGGUGGGAGUCCGGCCGGUCAGCUCUACCAACCUAACGACCUACCGGCGCAUCAAAACACUCCGGUCUGACGGCAAAACUUUACACUUUUCGCCUUCAAUGAAUUUCUCUAAAGAAAAAAAAUAUAAAGGCAACAGCAGGAGCCACGGGGAGGACUUUUCUUUUGGAAGCGUGUGAUCUUCUUAUUAAUUAUCACACCUGCAAAGGAUGAGAAGAAAUUGAAAUUCUCUUUUCCCGAAGUGGUGGAGUGUGUUUUCGGGAAUUAAGGGGAACAAAAGAAAGCUGAAUCCGCUCCUGGAGGAUUAAAGCGGCUGAAGUUGAGAAGAUGCAGGAGGAAGCGGAGCAGUCGGAGUGAAGCAGCCCGGUGCGCACUUUCCCCUCCCCGGCUGGACUGAAGCGCUACAGUCCGCUCCUCUGCCGCUGCUGGAGGGACACUUCUGCGCUCUUGUCGCUCCUCAUUAUUUACAUCAUCAUUAUCAGUCUGUUUGGAUGUAAAGACAAAAAAGCGUCAUUAUCUUUUUCUUCUUCCUGCAAGAGGUUUUACUCCAAACGCUUUUCUUUUCUCGCGCUGCGCGGAUUUUUGAGCUCAUGGAUCGGCCACUUUGCGCCUCCUCUCUGGAUGGGAUUUGGCACCUGUGAGCGGGGCACGGUGGAGCAGUGAUGGUGUGAAAGCGAGAUAAAGAAAAAAAACCCUCAGCUUUUAACGCAGGAGUUUCACAUCUGGUAUACUGGGCCAGUCAGCAGCAGGAUCAGGAUGAGAAGAUGGCUGGCUGUGUGUUUCCAAUGGGACCAGAGAGCUUUCAGCGCUUCACGCCGGACUCCCUGGCGGCCAUCGAGCAGCGCAUUGCCCAGGAGCAGGCCCGACUCAACAAACAAUACCAGGAGGACCUGGGCGACGUGGAGCUCCCCCGGCCCAGGCCCGACCUGGAGGCAGGAAAACAGCUGCCGCGAAUCUUCGCAGACAUCCCGUCUCAUCUGGUGGGCGUUCCUCUGGAAGACAUCGACCCAUACUACUUCAAAGACAAGAGGACCUUCAUAGUCCUGAAUAAAGGGAAGGCCAUCUUCCGUUUCAGUGCCACUUCAGCUCUCUACAUCUUCAGCCCUUUCCACCCCAUUCGCAGAAUUGCCAUCAAGAUCCUGGUCCACUCGUUAUUCAGCUUGUUCAUCAUGUGCACCAUCCUGACCAACUGUUGCUUCAUGGCCAUGUCCGAGCCGGCAUACUGGGCCAAAUACCUGGAGUAUACCUUUACGGGUAUCUAUACUUUCGAGUCUCUCAUAAAGAUCUUGGCGAGAGGGUUCUGUGUAGGGCCCUUCACCUUCCUGAGAGACCCUUGGAACUGGCUCGACUUCAGCGUCAUCGUCAUGGCAUAUGUGACUGAGUUUGUGGACCUGGGUAAUGUGUCAGCCUUAAGGACGUUCAGGGUGCUGCGAGCGCUCAAAACCAUCUCUGUCAUCCCAGGCCUGAAGACCAUUGUUGGAGCUCUGAUCCAGUCAGUGAAGAAGCUCGCUGACGUGAUGAUCCUCACCGUCUUCUGUCUGAGUGUCUUCGCCCUCAUUGGCCUGCAGCUCUUCAUGGGAAACCUGCGGCAGAAAUGUGUCCGCAGUCCGGCACACUGUGUCAACGGCAGCCUGCCCGCCAACACCUCCUUCUACUGCAACAACAAGACCUGGGCCUCCAUGAAGGACUUCAUCAAUGACGAGGACAACUUCUACAAGGUGGAGGGGGCAAAGGAUGCCUUAAUCUGUGGGAACAGCAGCGACGCAGGAAAGUGUCCAGAUGGGUUUGAAUGUCUGAAGGCAGGAAGAAACCCCAACUAUGGCUACACCAGCUUUGACACCUUUGGGUGGGCCUUUCUGUCCUUGUUUCGUCUGAUGACACAAGACUACUGGGAAAAUCUCUACCACCAGACGUUGCGUUCGGCCGGUAAGACCUACAUGGUGUUUUUCGUGGUGGUCAUAUUCCUCGGUUCCUUCUACCUGGUCAACCUCAUCCUGGCCGUGGUCGCCAUGGCGUACGAGGAGCAGAAUCAGGCAACCAUCGCGGAGGCCUGUCAGAAAGAACGAGAGUUUCAGACAGCUAUGGAGAGACUGAAGAAGGAGCAACAGUGUGCUGCCCAGAAAACUCUUGACUCGGACUCAAUGAUGUCACCAGAACUAUCGCCAUUUGGUCUGCCAUUGGACACCAUUGAGCGGAGACGCAGUCAGGCACUGAUGGGAGUGGCUGAUGUGGAGGCAAACCUAUCAGAGGAAAAGUUGCUGCAGGUGGACAUGACGGAUGGGGCAAAGUCCCUUCAUCCCCUCCUCGCUCGCUCCUUCUCCACGAGGACACGGCGAAGCAGUCAGGUCUCCUCCAUCUUCAACUUCCGUCUGCGGAGUCGCGGCUCAGAAGGAGAGAUGGCUGACGACGAAUACAGUGUCCCAGGCGAUGUGGUUGAAGGUGUCGGAGGUCGAACCUACAGUGGCGGGACCUUCAGCGGCAUCCUGUCCCACCCAUGGCCCAAACGUCGACCGAGCACCUACAGCACUACCAGCAGGAGCUCCCAGGUAUUUUAUCCAACUCUAAACGUCAACGGGAAGCUGUUUGUUGCCAUGGACCAGAAUGGGGUUUCUCCACCACCGCUGCAGGGGCAGCUGCCCGCCUGUACCAUGGAGAAGGUCAAGGAGGAGAGUGUUCCCACGUCCACCACAGAGCUCAGCACAAUGCUGUUACCUCGCCCUUCGUCCACACAAGGCUCAGAGCGGAGGGGGAGGGCCCUCAGUGCUGCCAGCUACAUAACUGACGCCAUGGAAGAACUGGAGGAGGCCCAUAAGAAGUGUCACCCUUGCUGGUACGUCUUUGCCCACCGUUACCUCGUGUGGGAGUGCUGUCCCUGCUGGCUGCGGGUGAAGCAGCUGGUGAAGAUCAUGGUGAUGGACCCCUUCCUGGACCUGGCCAUCACCAUCUGCAUUGUCCUCAACACACUUUUCAUGGCCAUGGAGCACUACCCCAUGACUGACGAGUUCAACGGCAUGCUGAGCAUCGGAAACCUGGUGUUCUCUGGGAUCUUCACAGCGGAGAUGGUGUUGAAGAUCAUUGCUCUGGAUCCUUAUUACUACUUCCAGACGGGCUGGAACAUCUUCGACAGCAUCAUCGUCUGCCUCAGCCUGAUGGAGCUCGGUCUGUCUGACGUCGAGGGGCUCAGUGUGCUACGCUCUUUCAGACUGCUUCGUGUGUUCAAGCUUGCUCGCUCAUGGCCAACUCUCAACACCCUGAUUAAAAUCAUUGGUAAUUCCAUGGGUGCUCUGGGUAACCUGACGCUCGUCCUCGCCAUCAUUGUCUUCAUCUUCGCUGUGGUCGGCAUGCAGCUGUUUGGUAAAAACUACCAGGACUGUGUGUGUAAGAUCUCAAAGGACUGCACUCUUCCUCGCUGGCAUAUGAAGGACUUCUUCCACUCAUUCCUCAUCGUCUUCAGGGUGCUGUGUGGCGAGUGGAUAGAGACCAUGUGGGACUGCAUGGAGGUCGCGGGUCAGCCACUCUGCAUCCUCGUCUUCAUGUUGGUCAUGGUCAUUGGAAACCUAGUGCUGUUGAACCUCUUCCUGGCCCUUCUCCUCAGCAGUUUCAGCUCUGACAACCUUUCCGCUCCAGACGACGACGGUGAGAUGAACAACCUGCAGAUCGCCAUCCACAGGAUCACCAGAGGCCUGGCCUGGUGCCGCAGACAGGUGGUGGAUUUCUUCAAUGGGAACCUGAAGCGUCGCCGUCAGAAGCGAAAGGAGGCGAAAGCCAUGAUGAAACUCAAACGUCUGAGUACCAUCCACACUGAGGCCAAUGGAGCUGUCAUAGGCCGUCACGUUGAGAAGUACGUGGUGCCGGAGGAUGACAGCUACAUGACGAACCCCAACCUGACCAUCAGUGUCCCCAUUGCCCCCGGGGAGUCAGACGUGGAGUUCCCAGAAGAGGAGGAGGAGGAAGGAGAGGAGGAGGAGGAGCAGAGUGAGGCUUCUGAGGAAGAGGAGGAGGAGGAGGAGGAGCAGAAAGAUGAUAUCAGCCUAUCGGAGGGCAGCACGGUUGACCUAAGAAAGCCUGGAGAGGAAGAGGAUGAGUACUCUGAGAUGGCUGAAGAGGCCAUGGACCCCGACAACUGCUUUCCAGAUGUGUGUGUUGCCAGGUUUCAGUGCUGUGACAUCGACACGACAGCAGGUCUCGGUCAGAUCUGGUGGAGAAUGAGGAAAACCUGUUACCAGAUCGUAGAACACAGCUGGUUCGAGUCCUUCAUCAUCUUCAUGAUCCUCCUCAGUUCUGGAGCACUGGCCUUUGAAGAUAUCUACAUCGAGCAGAGGAGGGUGAUCAAGGUGGUGCUGGAGUACGCAGACAAGAUCUUCACCUACAUUUUCAUCCUGGAGAUGCUGCUCAAGUGGCUCGCCUAUGGCUUCAAGAAGUACUUCACCAACUACUGGUGCUGGCUCGACUUCCUCAUCGUCGAUGUCUCGUUGGUCAGUUUGGUGGCCAGCACAUUGGGUUAUUCAGACUUUGCAGCCAUCAAGUCCCUGCGGACACUGCGAGCCCUACGGCCCCUCAGAGCCCUCUCCAGAUUUGAAGGCAUGAGGGUGGUGGUGAAUGCUUUGAUCGGAGCGAUUCCCUCCAUCAUGAACGUGCUGCUGGUCUGUCUCAUCUUCUGGCUCAUCUUCAGCAUCAUGGGCGUUAACCUGUUUGCCGGGAAGUUCGGCCGCUGCGUCAACCGCACCGGCCACAUCUACGAGGCCGCCUUCAUCAACAACAAGUCAGAGUGUGAGGCGCUCAAUGACACCUCGCUGUUCUACUGGACCAAAGUCAAGGUCAACUUUGACAACGUGGGGGCUGGAUACCUGGCUCUGCUGCAAGUGGCUACAUUCAAAGGUUGGAUGGACAUCAUGUAUGCAGCGGUGGAUUCACGAGCUGUCGAGGAGCAGCCUAUCAAAGAGAUCAAUCUAUACAUGUACCUGUACUUUGUCAUCUUCAUCAUCUUCGGCUCCUUCUUCACCCUCAAUCUCUUCAUCGGUGUCAUCAUUGAUAACUUCAACCAGCAGAAACGAAAGUUAGGAGGACAGGAUAUUUUCAUGACGGAGGAGCAGAAGAAGUACUACAACGCCAUGAAGAAACUGGGCUCCAAGAAACCUCAGAAGCCCAUCCCCAGACCCCUGAACUCGCUGCAGGGCUUCUUCUUUGACCUGACGGGGAAGCAGGCAUUUGACAUCAUCAUCAUGGUGCUGAUUCUUUUUAACAUGAUCACCAUGAUGGUGGAGACAGACGAGCAGUCACCUCAGAUGGAAUACAUCCUGAACAACAUCAACCUGGCCUUCAUUAUCAUCUUCACCAUCGAGUGCCUCAUCAAGAUUGUGGCACUACGAUACUACUUCUUCACUGUUGGCUGGAACAUCUUUGACUUUGUGGUUGUCAUCCUCUCCAUUGUCGGUAUUGUGCUUGCUGAUAUCAUUGAGAAGUACUUUGUGUCACCAACACUGUUUAGAGUGAUUCGACUGGCCCGUAUUGGACGGAUUCUACGUCUCAUCAGAGGCGCUAAGGGCAUCCGGACGUUACUGUUUGCUCUCAUGAUGUCCCUUCCUGCUCUUUUCAACAUCGGGCUUCUUCUCUUCCUAGUCAUGUUCAUCUAUGCCAUCUUCGGCAUGGCCAACUUUGCCUAUGUGAAACGGCAAGCGGGAAUCGAUGACAUGUUUAACUUUGAGACAUUUGGAAACAGCAUGAUCUGCUUAUUCCAAAUUACCACCUCAGCUGGGUGGGACGGUCUUCUCAGCCCCAUCCUCAACAACUCCCCUGAGGAGUGCAACCCCAACAUCCCCCACACUGGCACCACUGUCCGCGGGAACUGUGGGAACCCUUCGGUGGGCAUCACCUUCUUCGUCACCUACAUUAUCAUCUCCUUCCUCAUCGUUGUGAACAUGUAUAUUGCCAUCAUCCUGGAGAACUUCAGUGUGGCCACAGAGGAGAGCACCGAGCCUCUGAGCGAGGACGACUUUGAGAUGUUCUAUGAGGUUUGGGAGAAGUUUGACCCAGAGGCCACGCAGUUCAUAGAGUACGCCAAGCUGUCAGACUUUGCCGAUUCGCUGUCAGAACCACUGCGCAUCGCCAAGCCUAACAAGAUCAAACUUAUCUCCAUGGACCUGCCCAUGGUCAGUGGGGACAAGAUCCACUGCCUGGACAUCCUUUUUGCCUUCACAAAGCGCGUCUUGGGCGAGUCGGGCGAGAUGGAUGCCCUCAAGCAGCAGAUGGAAGAGAAGUUCAUGAUGGCUAAUCCAUCCAAGAUCUCCUAUGAGCCAAUCACAACGACUCUGAGGCGAAAACAAGAAGAAGUUUCUGCCACAGUGAUCCAGAGGUGUUACCGCAGGCACCUAGUGAGGCGACAGAUGAAAGCUGCCUCCUACUUGUACCGCCAGAUCACCACACCUCGGCAUGCAGGAAGUGAAGGUGGAGAAGGUGGUGAGGUAGUAUUUGGGGAGGACGCACCUGAGAAAGAAGGGUUGAUUGCCGCCAUGAUGAGGGAAAACUAUGGUUCAAGUUUGGUAGGGAUGGAGCGCUCUGAGACAAUUUCCUCCACUUCCUCCCCGCCAUCCUACGAUAGCGUGACGCGAGCCACUUCAGAGAUCUUUCACCCAGUCACUGUCAAGACAGAAACAAUCACUGUAGACAAUGCAGGCAGUGAACUGAGUGAACAGUUGCCAUCAGCGGUUGACCCUGGCAGACAGCAAGAAACUUUACCAUAGCAGGAACCAAGAAGCAAAAAAUUAAACAAACGUGGAUGUCCUUGAUUUGGGUUAAGCCUGUUUGCUCUUUUGUUUACUGAAUGUACCAUAGCUGAGGUAUGCUGAGAAGGCGGCAGAGAGGAGGCUAUGAGUGAGAAACUGCAGAAAUCAAGUGAGAGAAUAAACAAAGUGGAAUAUUUACUACCUUUAAUGUUUUUCCUGUUCCCUGUGGAGAUUCCUGGACUCAACUCAACAACGUUUUUGGAGUUUCUUAAAAGGAGACAGAAAAACUGCUGUAACAGAGAGGGAACCCCAUCUUUCUUGCCUUUGUUGGAGUAAAAGACAGAAGCGUAGAUCCCUUUGACCUCUUGGGUCUCUCAUGUUGAACAGAGCCGAUGGUUCGGGAGACUGACUGACCUUUGACCUCAGCUACAGGGGUUCAGAGGGAUCAAAACAACUAUAUCAGAUGUAUCCAUCAUUUAUUGGCCUGGUGGGGGGGGCAUGGGGAUGUGCCUUCCCACGGUUGAUCAAUAUUCUCAGAGUAUGCCUGGCUGUAAGAGUGAUUGUGUUCCUAGUGGUGUUUCUCGGCAUGUUAACAGUCGAUGGCUUUCUGACUGACUGAGACUGGAGAGAGGAGGGAAAAUAAUGACAACGUGAUUCAAAAAAUGUUUUCGUAGUAAAAGUAUAACUUUGUUGAUGUUACCAGUCUUUUAAUAGCGGUACGAUUAUUACUAUUUUUUAUAUUUUUUAGAGUAAGUUGAAGAAAAAAAUAAGCAGUCUCUCUUUUGACUUCGGAGUGGCACUAGCUAUGAGAAAGUGGCUGAACAACCACUUUGUAAUAGAUGGGAGAAGAAGGUCAGGAAAAAAAACUCAAACCUGAGAAGCAACUUCAUCUGUUUAUGUUGGCAGUUUUGUACUUUUGAGUUUACAUGUGCUGUCACUUUACCACACCUGGGUAAAGACACAUUAAAAAGGGCCUGGGAUGUAUUUAUUUUUCCUCUGAAAACCUUUGAGAUAACACCAAAAACUAACACAAUGCACAAUGAGAUUUUCUACAUGGUCCAGGACUCUUCCAACAUGUGUUUUGCCCUGGUGGUAAACAUCCUCAUGUUCAUCAGUUUUGGCUGUUGGGUGAUUCGUCUAAAUGUCCAGAUUUAAAGUAGUAUUUUUUUAACCUUCUCUUCUCUGCAUGAACAAACUUGAAGAGAAUACAAUGAUAGUCCUGCUUAGUUACUACAUGGCAUGAGGAUAAAAUUAGAAGUUACUGGCUUGUAUUCAAGGCUCAUAGUUCAUUGAUCAAUGGCAAUUUGGCAAGAAUAAGUGUGUUUAGAUAUGCUGUAAAAACGUCAG